CCUAGGCACUAAGCCAGCACACAACUUUGCUAACCGGCAUGAUAUUAAAAUAAUGAUGCAACGAACUGCAUGCCUCCGGCCCCGACUGCACUGUCAACCGCGCGGAAGCUUGCACGCCGCGAGCGGCACCCGCUGGGCUAGGGUAUGCCGUUUGUUGCAGCCACCGGCUGCAGGGCAAGCAGGGCAGCGGAGCCUUUACGAAGUGCUGGGCGUCAGCGAGACCUGCACAGUGGAGGAGGUCAAAGCGGCCUUCCGUGAAAAGGCGAAGCAGCUUCACCCGGAUGUGAACAAGGAGCCCACCGCGGCCCUGGACUUCAUGGCUGUGCGGCGGGCCUACACGGUGCUGUCCAGUGCCGAGCUGAGGGCCGAGUACGAGACCAAGAUGGGGCUGCCGUCCGCUCGCGCCGCCGACCCCCGUUUCGCCCGCUUCGAGCGCUGGCGGCGGGAGGUGAUCCCGGACCUGGAGUACCAGCUGGAGUUCUGGGUGCGGCCGGUGGAGGGACACGUGGAGGCGUGGCGACUGGCGAGAGAGCAGCGGGAGCGGACGCUGGCUCGGCUCUACAACGCCUGCCUGCAGUCUCUAAAGGCGCUCAAGCGGCUGCGCGAGCAGGAGCUGCAGCAACAACGCCAGGCGGCCGCGGCAGCAGUAGCAGCAGCAGGAGCUGGCACUGCUACAGCCGUGCCUGCUGCUGGCGCAGCAGGUGGCGGCAGCGGGUUGGGGGCAGCAAGUCGCGGCGCCGGCGAGGCAGCGGGCGGCAGCAGCGGCGCGGGCGUGGGCUCAAGCGGGCGGGUGUGCGCGGGGACGGCGUCCUCGCCCGCCGAUCCCUUCACAGAUGUGGCGGCGGCGGCGUCUGGCGCCGGUGCCUCCAUGGCUGGAGCGGCGGCGGCUGGGUCAAUGGGUGCGGCCUCUUGGGCGUCUGCGGCCUCCUGCUCCUGGGACGAAGCGGAACAAGUGGCGGGCAGGACCGGCAGCAGCAGGGGCAGCAGUAGCAGUAGCGGGGCCAGCGCCGCCAGCGCCGGCGUCAGCGGAGGAGGAGGGGACGGAGGCAGCGCUAUGGGUGCCGGCCGCGCGGCUGGGGUCGGGUCCGCAACAGCCGCUACAGCCGCGCACUCGCCCGCUUCAUCUUUGGAAGACGCGCACGCGGCAGUGGCAGGACCCGCAGCAGCAGGACCCGGCACUGCAGCUGCAGCUGCUACUGCCGCUGGUAGUGGGGCCGGCUACCAAGACCUGCUGCCGGCGCUGGCGGAGUGCCUGGCGCAGAUGAGUGAGCAGGUGGCGGGGUUCGCGGCAGACAGCGGCGACGGCACGGCGCGAGUUCAGCGAGAAGUGGACAAGCGCUACGAGCAGGUGUCGAUGCGCUACCCCGCCUAUCCCGACAUCGUGUGGCUGGACGUUUGGGAGGAGGCCGCAGGGCGCUGGCUGGGGAUGGCGGCGGAGCAGGCUCGCGGCUGUAGUGAGGCGGAGGCCCGGUGGAGCGGCGUCUUGCAGCAGUUGCGCGAGGAGGUGGCGCAGGCGGGGGCACUGGGCGCGGGCGCGGCAGGGGGCGCGGCGGCGGGCAGCUUCCACCAGGCCGCAUGACGGGCGGCAGAACUGGGCGGCGGCAGCAGCGGCAGCACUGGGCGGCGUGUCGGUCGGCACCAGUGCUAGCUGAUGAGCACGUUGAGGCAAUGAGGCGGGUCGGGCCGCGGACCAAGGACGGAGCAAUGGGAACACUCAACAGAACU